UUACCUUUAGAAAAAAAUCCAUAUAUAUUUUUAUAAAUCAUAAAAGAAAAUUAAAACACACAAAAGAAGUGCAAACAAAUAAAUAUAAUAAAAAUUGACAAAAAGUGUAUAAUUUAUGCUGCAAGCAAAAUUAACAAAAAAAAAAUUAAAUAUUUUUAAACAAAAAUCCUCUACUCAUAACUUAUAUACUACCAAAUGUUCAUAGGACUACAAUAUUUUGUUUAAAAAAAACUUGGAUCUGAAAAAAACUGAUAAAAUUGCAAAAACCAGAGAAAAUUGUAAACGGAAGACGAGAUUUUAAUCAUUAACUAAAAAUCACUUAUAAAAUACUUUUUAUUAUAUACAAAUAAAAACAAAAUAAACCAAAAUUAAAUAAAUAAACAUGUUAACGACACGUUUAAAUAAUAUACAGCCUUCAAUGGCAAUUGUACUUAUACUAAUAAUCUGCUUGACCUCCAUCAGUUCUGUGGCAUCUAGAUCUCGAGAUAAAGAAGGCAGAAGACGUAACGAUCGUAUAUCCUCCUCCACCGCCUCCAAUCAGUACAAUACCUAUGGCUCAUCAGUACCUUCAUCGGUGGCCUCUUCAGCGUAUUCCAUUUCAUCGGCAGCGGCGUAUAAAGGACCCAUCGAUGAUACUGGUUUUUGUGUCAGACGUCGUGAUAUGAAACUUAUGUGUUAUUGUACACCGGAUGAAAAUCAUGUACCUGUACAAAAGGCCGAAUGUUGGGUAUUCUCUGAUGGUCUACUACAAAACGAUACCACCUGGACUAGAUUUUAUCAACAGCCACGUUUACGUGAUUUAAAAUUUGUUAUACAAAAUCAUGGUCGUCUGGACUAUAUACCCACCCAUAUCCUAAAGCCCUUAGAGAAUUUGACUAGCAUAACCAUUGAAUAUUCACAAGUAGAAAUUGUACGCAGUCAUGCCUUUGCUAAUUUACAUCAAUUGGAACGUAUUGUCAUGACUUAUAAUCAAAUUAUGGCCUUGGAUCAGGAAGCCUUUGCCAAUCAUAUACGCUUGAGAGAUUUAAAUUUAGAACACAAUCAAAUCUUUGAAAUCGAUCGCAAUGCUUUCCGCAAUCUUCCCCUGUGUGAACGUCUUAACAUGAAUAACAACAAUAUUUCAAAUCUGCACGAAGGUCUCUUUUCCGAUUUAGUGCGUUUGAUUUAUUUGAAUUUGGCUCACAAUCAAAUUUCCGUUUUGACAAGUGAAAUCUUUAAGGGUCUGGGUAAUUUAAAUGUUUUGAAAUUGACACACAACAAUAUCAAUUUCAUUGGUGAUACAGUGUUUGCUGAAUUGUGGAGUUUAACUGAAUUGGAAUUGGAUGAUAAUAAAAUAGAGCGUAUUUCGGAGCGUGCAUUGGAUGGUUUGAAUAAUUUAAAAACUUUAAAUUUACGCAAUAAUCUGUUGAAAAAAAUCGACAAUGGUUUGCUGCGCGGAACACCAGCCUUACUCUCACUCAACGUGCAAAUGAAUAAAUUGGAAACAUUGACAUUUUAUACCUUCCAGCCAAUUAUGGAUAAUUUGGUCAAUAGUAGUAGUGAACUAUUGGUAAAUGAUAAUAAUUUCAUUUGUGAUUGUCGCCUGCAAUGGUUGUAUGAAUUGAAAAAUCGUACACGUCAUCAACAGUUGCGUGACUCUUUGGAAAAAUUCAUCUGCAAUUUGCAGGAGCCACAUUUGCACAAUUUCAUUGAACCAGUGCCCAAUCAUGUGUUACAGUUAUUAAAUGUGGGUGGCAUAAAUGCUGCACUAAGCGGUAGUGACCCCUUUAUGAGUGGAGCCGGUAUUAGUAGUAAAAAACAUCAUACGAAAACACGCCAGGGAGGCCAAAGACGUAAUAACAAAUUUGAGACACAAAUUCAAUUAACCGACGAUGGACAGGAGCAUGAGCAGACAUUAGAAAAUUCAGCUUCAUUGAAAAAGAAACGUGCUUUAUCAUCAUACCAAAGCAUGGGCAAUUUAGAUGCCAGCAGUACAAAUAAGGAUACUAGCCAUACACCCGUUGAAAGUCAUUACAUAUUUGGGGGACCAGACAGUAACAGUGGCAUGCAUAAUGAUUAUUUUGAUUCAAAUUCUGAGGUACUUUUGACACAUCCCGUCAAAAUGGAAGAUGAACUGGAAUUGAUGAAACAAAAUGCUUUAUACUCACAAAAUAAUGAUGUUCUGACAUCAGCACAGAGUCACAAUCAUUUGGAUGGUGCAGACUUGAUGCCUGUACAGGCUUUGGCCAUACCAGUGCGACUUUUCCUACUAAAGCCAGAACGCCUGCCCUGUCACGAAGAGUUGAGUGAUCCUACUGAAUUGCCACUGUCCCGAGAUCUUAUGGAUGCACGCAGUAGUAAUGUGCAAGUGUUAUCAGCCUCAACUAAUGGCUCAAUAAGUAAAUAUGCCUUUAAUAUUUUAUGGCUGAUAUUGGCCAUUGUUUACGGUACUCAAGUUGGCUAAGAAGGUAUUAUGGCAUUUUAUCAAACACUCUCACACACACACCAUUUUUUUAGUUUCAUUUAUACAUAAAAGGGUUUGAAUUGUAAGAAAGAAAAAAAAUGAAAAAAACAACGGGUUUAUUGCAUACAAAAAAAUUAAUUUCAUUACGGGGUCAUUAAGAUUUUUUCACUAAUAUUAAAAAAAAAAACUUAAGAAAAAAAAAGAGCAAGAAAAAAAUUAUAAUAUUAAGCUAAAUAAGUAAUAAUUUCAAAAUUCACCUUGUGUUCUUAUUCA